AUGAGGAACCUCUCUCUGAUCGCUUCGGAUUUCACCUCCUUCAACUAUGCAAACGCAAACUGGACAGCGACCGCCUUGGAUCUCGACGAAAACGUUCUUUAUGCGGCGUCAGAGCGCAAGAACUUGGACGGAGAGGUGGAGGUAGAACUCUGGCGGGUAGCCUCCCAGAAACCACCGACCAAUACUGAAGUUCAAGAAUCACCAAUCAUGACUGCAACGUUCACGACGACUGCUUCUUCAGCGUUUCCGAAGGCAUCACAAAUAGUUUCACUUCGAGUAGUGGCCGAGACGCGACAGGUGGUGGUAGUUAUGGGUGGUGGGGAUAUUGUAAUAAUAUCCAUUGACGAAGAUGGAUCACCCACGAAGACCGAGGUCGAGGGUACUUUCGAAACCGGAAUCUCUGCGGCAUCUUGGAGCCCAGAUGACUCUCUUCUGGCUAUCGUGACCGGCGACAAAAAGCUCAUUCUUAUGACCUCAUCCUUUGACGUACUGUCUGAGGGACCUCUGCACCCAAAGGAAUUCGGAGAGGACGCGCCAAUCAACGUCGGUUGGGGUUCCAAGCAAACGCAGUUCCACGGAUCUCUGGGAAAGAGUGCUGCUCAAGCGCCUAAAAUCCUCAAGAUAGGCUCUUCUCCAGAUGACGACCACGCACCUCGGAUAAGCUGGCGAGGAGAUGGAACAUACUUUGUGGUCUCUUCUCUCGCUGAAAUGGACGAACUUGGGUUCCAACGACGCACGCUACGAGUCUACGAUCGCAACGGGACCUUGCAGUCCACUUCGGAGCCAGUUCCCGGCCUCGAGCAUGGAUUGUCCUGGAGGCCGUCUGGUAACUUGAUUGCGGGUACUCAGCGUUUCGGUUUCGAAGGUGGAGGUGCUGGAAAACAAGAACGACACGACGUAGUAUUUUUCGAACGCAAUGGCCUGAGGCACGGCGAGUUCACGCUGAAUCCCGAUUGCUUUGCCCCGAAGGCAGGGACCAGUUCCACUCCUGAGCUACAAUGGGGAUACAGCGUACGGGAACUCUCGUGGAACUCUGAUUCCAGCAUAUUGGCUGUGUGGGUGGAGACGCCAAUCGGCCAUGUUGUGCAACUUUGGACCACAGGAAACUAUCACUGGUAUCUCAAGCAUGAGAUUCUUGCACCCCCUCCGUCAGAGGGUGUCCCUGGGACAUUCACUUCACUCCAAUGGCAUCCCGAGUCAGCAUUCCACCUAAUCCUGACCACCCCAGUUGCUAUCAUUCAAAGAUACUACGACCUCGAGACGUUCAUCUCUCCGUCAAAGCCACCCACCGAUUCCGGCCUUGUAGCAGUCCAGGAUGGAGCUCAAAUCCUGCUAACGCCAUUCCGGACGCAAAACGUCCCACCACCUAUGUCAUCCUACCAGUUACCCGUCAACCUUUCCACUCCUUUUAACAAAUCAAGUUUCAAGGUUAAAACGCCUGUCUACACUUCCUUCUCUCAGGAUGGCGACGCGAUGUCCAUGCUUUGGGAAGAUGGGUAUCUUCAGCUGUGGUCGCUGAAUACCCGACUUGGUCCCGGACCAGGGAAGGUUAUGGACCCCAAGAUGUUGUGGGAAGGAACGGUCCCAGUCACUGAAGAAUCCCGGUGGAGGCAGGUAUCGCUCCAAUGCAGCAACCAAGAGUCGGGUUCAUGGACCAUUGGCGUUGUCGGAGACCAUCUUUCAGGGCAAGAUGACGCAUUCGUGGGCUUGCAACUAGAAAAUGGCAAAGUCGCAAAAUCGGAUCUCGUGACCUUACCAUCGCGCAACUGCAGGAUCAUUGCGACCGGAGCGAAACUCUUUUUCGAGACACCUACGGGAAAGGUUGUCAAAGUCGACGACAAUGGCAAUGCUGUCGACGUCGCAUCCUUCCCAGAGUUCUGUUCGAACACCCAAGUCGUCAUGACAGAGUCGAGGGAGGAAUCUGGAUCUGGUUCACCUCAAACAAUCUUCCUCGGCCUCGGAAAGACAGGAAAACUCUAUAUCACCUCGUCCCCGGACUCCUCUAAGAUAGUGGCCUCGAAUGUCAACUCGUACACAAUCGCGUCUGGUUUCCUCGCUUUCACCACGACAGCUCACGAGUCCAAGUACGCACCUCUUGAUGAACUGUCUUUACUCCUCGAACAAGAGGAAGGAGGAGAAGGAGCGAAAUCCAUUGCAGACAACUGGGUAGUUCGCAAAUUGGAACGUGGUUCUCGAAUUGUUGCUGCAGUUCCAAGUUCGAUGGCGCUGGUGCUCCAGAUGCCGCGAGGAAACUUGGAAACGAUUAAUCCCAGACCUCUGGUGAUGCAGGUGGUCAAGGAAGAUUUGGACGCCACCAAUUAUCGAAAGGCCUUCAUGGCUUGCAGGAAACACAGGAUCGACCUCAAUGAACUCGUAGACCACAAUCAAGAAACAUUCCUGCAAGGGGUGCCUCUUUUCGUCGAGCAGAUACACGAGAUCGACCACCUCAAUCUCUUCUUGACGAUGGUUGGCCGUGGGUCUAGCUCGCCAGAGACUGUGGCCAGAAUUUGUGACGCAGUCAGAGGAGAGCUAGAGAAGCGCGACCUCAAGAAGUACAUCAAUACCAUCUUGACUGCUCAUGUCGUGAAGACACCUCCCGAUUACGAGUCCGCGCUUGCAGAGCUUCAUCGCCUCAAAGAGACCGAUUCCACCGUCGUCGAAGAAGCGGUGAAGUACGUGAUCUUCCUCGUAGACGCCGAGAAACUGUUCGAUAUUGCACUCGGGAUGUACGACUUCUCACUUGUGUUGAUGAUCGCACAGCAUGCCCAGAAGGACCCUCGGGAAUAUUUGCCAUUCCUUCGAGAGCUUCGUUCACUAGACAAAUACUAUCAACGCUUCCGCAUCGACGACCACUUGAAGCGCUAUGAAAGCGCUUUGAGGAACCUGAGCAAAGCUGGGCCCGAACGAUUCGAAGAGGCCUUGCAGUACACCGAGCGACAUAAUCUCUAUGAGCCCGCUUUGAAGAUCUGGAAGGGUACCGAGCGAUACAACGCCGUCCUGGAACUCUACGGUGACUGGCUCUAUGAACGCAAGGAACUCCCUCAAGCCGCAUCAGCAUUUUUAGAGGCCGGAAAACCUCUCAAGGCCAUGGUUGCUUUCGAAAGGAAUUUACAAUGGCAAGAGCUGUUCGACUUGGCUUUGCUCAACAACACUUCCGAGGAAGACAUUGUCACCAUGGCCUACCGAGUGGCAGAGGAUUUGUCCUCCAAGAAGCGGUAUUCUGAAGCCGGCAGAGUGCUGCUCGACUACGCCAAAGAUGUUAAAGAAGCUGUUGUCGCGUUCAGUCAAGGAAACGAGUUUUCUGAGGCUCGGAGGAUUGCAAGUUCGAAUUAUCACAAGCGAACCGAACUACUCGAAGAAGUUAUCCACCCCGCUGCUUUGGAAAGUCGAGCGCAGAUUUCCGAAGACCUAGGAGAGAUGAGGGAGCAGCUUCGCAAGCAGCGCAAUCGAAUCAAGGAGCUCAGAAUUCGCAAGAUUGAAGAACCCGACGCAUUCUAUGGCACAGAGGAUGUGGCCCUGCAGAACAUCGACGUGAUGACAGAUGUCUCGAUGGCCCCGACUACUUUCACUCGGUACACACAAGCGCCAUCGACCUCGUCGAGAAGGUCCAAACAAACUUCGCGGUCGAAAAGAAAGGCUGAGCGUAAGGUUAGCUCCGGAAGGAAGGGAACCGUGGACGAGGAGGAGUAUAUCCUCAAGUCACUCACGAAGCUUACGGCCAGGUUUGCUUCAAGUCGAGACGACGCGCGUCGACUGCUUCCCCAUCUCUUCCAAUUCUCGGAAGAGCACAGGAGCGAAGGGUUGGAUCUGCAACUUGACGUCAGCAGCUUUGAAAAGGAGCUUACAGAGGCGAUUGACGAGGUGUGGACUAAAACCGAAGAGGAUGGAAGUACCCCUGCUGCCGAUACGUGGGCGUCCAGGAUGGCCGAGGUGGAGAGAAAUAGGCAAUUUAACCCCAUCGACCGAGUGUCCAAGCCAGAAUUGGGAGGAAGGAACGACAAAUGGCAGAUUGAUCUUUACGAGAUAUAG